CACGUUGACCGGCGUGUAUGUGUAGUGUGUACACGAUAUCGCAACUUUUUCAACGGUUGUUUCGUAAUUACCGUGAAAAAACAGUAGUUUUACGAUUCGUACGUAUUUACGGUAUUGCGGAAACGGAAAAUCGGAAAUGCGGUGUUUUUGAGUAAAAUGCCGAUGCCGAAUUGCCGAUCGCCGGAUCGCCGGUCCCACCGAUUAUUGGAUUAGUCAUAAUUCCGCCAUUCUGCACGUUGAAGUGCGGUUUACUCGGCUUUAUUUUCGUUCAUUACGAUUUGAUUUAUUACAAUUUACAAAUACGAAGUACGAACGUUGACUAGCAGUUUCUUUCUAUGUUUCGCCGUUUCUAACGAAAAUGCGGAUAAGACAGCGAUCAGUAUUCGAGAUUGUAUUCUUUUCGCAUUUCGAUAAUUAUUCGAAAUCAACACAGCAGAAUGGAAGCUAAUAGUUACCCGGUAAAUGCGUCUAGGCCUAAUUAGAUAUAUCGUAAGGACGGCAACGGUAUCUACUGGAAAAGUCGGCGCAAAGUGUAGAAGAUUCGCAUUACCUACCGUGCAUGCUGCGCAGACACUAACCAGUAACUUGGAACGAGUCAACAAUCGGUUAUUGAUUUGGUAUACUUACUCAACUUACUGUAUAUACUUGACUACAUAAUAGAUUCGUACCGUAUUAGGUAUCUAUGAUUAUCGAUGUUGUGUUUCUUCAACGCCACCGCUGUAAAAUUACGUUGAACGUUGAGCUCGUUACGAACCUAAUCAGAUUUGAAACUAUAUACUUAGGCCUACCUACCUAUGAAACCGUAUAGAUCGCAUUUGAUGGUCGACUCUCGGGAAAUAAGUAUCGGAGAUGCGUGCUGCGCAGUAUUUUAUUAUUCAAAUUUCGUAGAACAGCGCAGUUAGGCCUAUUUUUGUCCGUUGAUGAUGAGAAUGUGAAUAAGUAGUGUAAAUGGUCGGGAUCUACGUAAUUGUUCGAAUUCGCCAAUUCGGAUGUUAUUGUUCCGGCGCGGCGUUGAAGUUGAAUUCUUCAUCAGAUUCGAACGUUUUGAGUUUGACUGCGCGGAAACUUUGGCACCUCGAAAAGGACGAAGCGAAAGCCGACGCCGACGCUGCUACCGGAUACCGGCUACCAUACCAUAUACCAUUACCGUUACCGUUACCGUUACCGUUACCGUUACCGUUACCGAAGUACCGUCCGAGAACGCGGCCUAUCAAAAGAGUUUGAAAACUGACCGAUCAUCGUUACCUACACCUAUGGCCGAAGAAAAGCGAGUGCGAGCCUGUAUGGCUGUACCUACUAUGUACCUAGCUACCUAGACCUACCUAUCGAGUAACUACGUCUCGCGUGCUGCGACUGCGACAUCGACGGAUCGAUGGUGAUUAUACGACGUAUACCUGCAGAAUGACAUACGAUAAGCCGAUGUGCCUGGAGAUUAGAGCAUUACCUACCUAGACCAACCUACGUCGCGUCGUACUUAUCACCAAUACCAAUACCAAUACCAAUACCAAUACCAAUACCAAUACCAUCAGAAGAUGGGUACGAGACACGGGUACUAUACACUACACGUACUACGUACUCGUAUACAGAUGGUCGCUCGUGUCAAAAUCUACAUCCAGCCCAAACGAAUCUUGUGAUCUUGCAAGUGGCAACUGCUGCGUGGUGUCUAGCGAAUAGCGAUAGCAUGUAUUCGCAGUGACAGUUGCAAGUUGGCAGUCGUCUUUCAUAUUUGUAUCAUCAACAUCAGCAUCAGCAUCAACGAGGAUGGAACGUGAAUCAUUUUCUGGUCAUCUGUUCGAGUGAUCGCUUCGUAGCCGCGUCAGGUGUUGGUUGUUGGUAAUGUUGGUAUUGUUGGUGUUAGCGAUGAAUGGAUGAAUAGGAUUAGCAAAUUUUAUAAAUGCCAGGCCACACUACUACAUAAAAGAUAAGAAGGAGAGACUGCCGAUGCCUAUUCGAUGCGCAGUAUGGACGCCACACACACACACACACACUACACUACACCAGUUUCGAAAGAGCGGCGCGAUCUGAACUGAUACUUGAACUGAUCGAGUGAUGAAGAAUUUUCGAAUUUCGGUUGCGAGUUGAUGGCUGACUUGUAACGGCCAACGGACAACGGCCAACGGUAACCGCGAUGUAAUGUGGUUUCUGUGGUUUACGUAAACGACAAACGUAUUGGUUUCGCCUUUGCCAGACGCCGGACGCCGAACGCCGAACGCCGAACGCGCGAAUACGAAUUUGUGUAUUUACUUAGUAUGUCUAUUGUAAUCUGAAUGAUUAAUAUUUUUUCUUUGGUUCACGACUACGCGUAUCGCGUAUCGCGUAUCGUUUUAAGCCAUCUGAAUUUCUGAAAUACGGGUGAGUGUAAUUUGUAAUCAUAAUACUUAACCUACUAUGUAUUUAGCCUGCCUAGUUGUAGGUCUAGGUACAGGUACAGGUACAUAUGUACUCGUGUACUCGUGUACUCGUAGUCGUACCUACAAUACCUACAUACAUACGAGUACUUUCUUGUAUGUGUAAUGUAUGUACUAUGUACCUUGUACGACUGUACGCGCGCCCUACAGCCCCUACAGGUGUAUUAACGCGUGUCUCGCGACCGCGACCGCGACCGCGACCGCAAACUUGUAUUUUUACGCAACGGUAAAAGUUUUUCCAUAAUUUUGAAAUUUUCCGUUUAAAUUUUUCAACGAGUUCUUAUCGUACUUUUACUCGUAGGUUAGGCACAUUACGUAAUACGUACUCGAUCGUCCGUCCAACUUAAUUUAUUCGAUUCGACAUUUUUUGUUUGCAGUUUUCUAUAGCUAUAGCGAUAGCGAUAGCGAUAACUUAUACGUGUCAAGUACAUAAGUACAAGUAGUAGGUAUGUGUGUAGAUUAGAUGUACUAUGUAGGUAUAGAGGUACGUCGCGUCGCGUCGUCGGUAUCGUAUCAUUGCUUUUUCAGUUUU